AUGUAUCUUCCAUAUCAAAACGACCUCCGCUCCGCCGGAAUCGCCAGGGGAGGAACCGCCGAGGUAGACGAGCCGCUGGCGGCGGCCGUGCUCGCACGCCGAGCCAUGAAGCCGUUGCCCAUAAACAUGCUGGUUGGAAUCAUCGUCGGCUCGGUCCUCUUCGUCUUCCUCGCCGGGCUGGGCUGGUUCAUGUGGACGUACCGCCACUGGCUCUCCUUUGCGGCCACGCAGCCCGAGCAGCCGCCCCCGCUGCAGCGAAGGGUCAGCAAGGUCCGCAGCACAAAGAGCUCCAAGAGUUCGGCAAAGAGCACAAAGAGUUCGGCGAAAAGCACCAGGAGUUCAAAGUCGUCCGGUCACAGGAGUCACAGGAGCCAGAGGAGUCGGAGGAGUCAGAGGAGUGCCAGGAGCGCGGCCACACCGACACCGGUGCCUGCGCCCGUGCCUGUGCCCGAGCCCGAGCCCGAGCCUCGGCCUUCGCCCCAGCCCUCGCGUGCACCCUCACCCGAGUCGGAAAAGCCACCAUCGUGUGCACCUUCGCCCGAGGCCGAAAAAGCGCCAUCACGUGCACCCUCGCCUGAGCCUGAGAAGCCGGCGUCGCGUGUACCAUCUCCUGAACCUGAAAAACCCCCAUCGCGCGCACCAUCUCCUGAACCCAAACCCAAAUCUGAAGACAAGCCCGAUCCGCCCGAUGAAGCUGAAAAAGCACCGUCAGUUGCCGAGCCAGCUCCGGAUCCAAAAUCUGCACCUUCUGAAGCUGGUGCCGAUCCGGAACCUGCCAAAGAAGAUCCUCCGGCCGAUGCUCCGGCCGCUUCCUGA